AUGAAUGAAUGUUUAUUAGGAACGAAUUCUUUCCAGCGCAUUCCUGAAGAUGUCAAUAGAGAUCGGCGAGACGUCAUCGAGGAAGAAAAGUUCCAUAACUUUCGAACAGAUAUGAAAAAGGAUAACAUGAACCAACAUGUACCUUGGAUGCCAGGACCAUUACAAGCAGAAGAACCUACAACAAAAAUAUCCAUCACCAACGAAGCUCAGGAAGUACUCUCGAUGUACCAAACCACGGAGAGCGUUACAGAUAAACCCACUGGCCGAGGUGCAAGAGCUUCCAAUGAAAAUUGGAUUAAAUUACCUUUUCCCAGCCAGGAUAACGCUCACAGAGACAAUGUUCACAGGGAUAAUGCUCUCAGGGACAAUAUCCUAACCCCGCCGCAGCCCUCCGGCGAGCUUAUCAAUUCUCGUAUGCCACGAGUCAAUUUCGUGACCCAGAACAAGGGUCUCGAAGCUUCCGAGUCAAGAAAUGAUAAAGAAUCGAUACAAAGACCGACAAGGACCGAUGAUUUAAGAACCGAAUUCGUAAGACCUGAAGAAGACAGAAAGCAGUACAAGCCCGUGUAUCCGAGGCAGGCCGUUUAUUACCCGGAAGACAACAGGCGGCCCUACUACGAUGAUCGAUAUUACGCUGCUGACGAUUUAUACCGGCGUGAUCCGUACUAUGAUUUAUAUGAUCGGAAGAAGUACUACCCCGGGUACGGGCCGCGAGUGGACAGAUAUGAUGAAGCAUAUGAUAAUUAUGUACCUCGGAAGCCUAAAAGGAUUAUUUAUUACGCCCAUCUGCCUGAAGUUGUCCGAACACCGCCGUCUGUCGACUUGAGGUACAGGUAUUCGGUCGAUCCUUAUAGACGUUUCGACGACGACUAUAAUGCGAGAACCGGCAGGUACGACUACAGAUUUAGAAACAGGUAUCCUUAUGCACCUUUGCGCAAGGACGAAAGACGGUUUGGCUACCGAGAUUUAGUUGGUGCCAGUACUGUGAAUAAGGAUAAAAAAAACGAUGAGAAAGUUACACCAACUCCUGUGCUGCCUCAGAAAGAGGAUAAAAAAGCAAGUGCGAGCAGCAGUAGAAAUGGAAACAGAAUGAUAAACAGUCAUCAGUAUCAUGAUGCUGGUGACAAUUCAUAUAAUUUCUUACACAAAGCAUUUAAAGAUCCGAAUAAUUCGGACGACAGCUACCUCAGAUUUGACGAUUCAUUUUUUCAUAGCACCGUUGAGGACCCUUACCAUAGAAAAUGCUAGGCAAUUUUUUGUGAAUAAUAUGUAGUUCGCCUGGUUUUUUAAAAUACUUGAAAAACGCGAACUACAUAAACAUGCGUUCUGGUGUAUUAAUCAAUAUUUAAAUGAAAUUGUGAACAUAGUAGAGUUUCCACUCUGUCCAUGUAAAUUGGCGAUAAUAAAUGUAAUAACGGA